GGCCACGGGGGCUGCGUGUAGUAUUGUUUUUUUCUGUACGUUCCUUGCAGUCCUCAGGAUGCCUGAACCAGCGAAGUCCGCUCCCGCGCCCAAGAAGGGCUCCAAGAAAGCGGUGACCAAGACCCAGAAGAAAGGGGACAAGAAGCGCCGCAAGACCCGGAAGGAGAGUUACUCCAUCUAUGUCUACAAGGUGCUGAAGCAGGUUCACCCCGACACCGGCAUCUCCUCCAAGGCCAUGGGCAUCAUGAAUUCCUUCGUCAACGACAUCUUCGAGCGCAUUGCUGGGGAGGCGUCCCGCCUGGCGCAUUAUAACAAGCGCUCCACCAUCACCUCCCGGGAGAUCCAGACCGCCGUGCGCCUGCUGCUGCCCGGGGAGCUGGCCAAACACGCCGUGUCUGAGGGCACCAAGGCUGUGACCAAGUACACCAGCUCCAAGUAAGCAGGGGCUGUGCUCCCUCCGGGAAGUCUGUGACACCUAAAACCCAAAGGCUCUUUUAAGAGCCACCCACUUUUUCAUUGAGAGCUUCAAUCACUGUUUCAUUAGCAGAAAAUAGCUAAACGCACAAUCCCUUAAAACACGCCUUGACUAUGUAAGGUAGAUGUUAAUUAUUUUCCUUGAGCUUAACACCUAGUAAAGCGCAUCGUGUAAUGGGAUCCGGGGUAAACCUAGCUAAUAAGGGCCUUUUAAUGCUGUGAAUAUACAAAGUAUUUUUUUCUUAGCUACUUAGAAUAUACAUUGGUUAAAUACAUGUAGCUUGUAGUACAAGCAAACUCUGAACAGGAACUGCAAAACCCUCAAUCCUGGCCGACACACGUUUCUUGCUAAGCAAGCGAGGGUGAAUGAGCACGGAAAGGACACAGAGGGAGAAGUCUUCACAUUUUACACAGCUGUGGAAGAGCUAUCUUUAUUCCUUUCAUGCCUGAAACCCAGUAUGUUCUAUGGAUGGUCGUUCAUAGACCAAAUAAACCCGUUUUUUCGUUUUAAUACCAGACUUUCCGGGGUAGGCUGAAUGAAUUCUAUCCUAAACCAACUUCUCUCUGCUUCCCCUGGACGGGGAAGGGCUGUUCAUUUUCCUGUCUCCUCAGAUGGUUUAUUUCCCAGAUGGUUGUUAAUCUCCAUUAAAUUUGCCUUUCUAAAGCCGGAUUUAAGGGCUCGGGGAACCCGGAGCCUGGAAGGGGAGCAGCUGGUUUGCCUUUCGUACAAAAACGGCGCCAAAACUGGACCGGGGGAGGGAGGGAAAUCUCCCGUUUGCGCCUAUGUGGCAACGGAGAGAAAUAUCAGAGAGAAGGCCAAUCUUUGUGACCUCAGUCUGACCAGCCCCAACUGUUCAAAAAGCCGGAGUCAUCU